AUGCUGAAAUUGAGGUACGCAUACUUUCGACACAGGCCAGCGGUCUUUCUUGAAUUUGAAUUACCAGAACGAAAAUACUACCGGGCGAUCAUCGAAGAGGGUGGGACACUUACACUCCAUGAGGACAUAAAACCGGACCGCAUCGAACAUACGAUUUUGGAAUGCAUCUUCGUAAACAAGUUUGAAUCAUUAUGGAGACGUUGCCAGAACUUGUACGAGCAAUGCGACCGCCACUGGAUUGAGAAUAUAAUCAUAUAUCUCUACAGUGAACAGUCAACCUCAGACCAGAUUGUUCCACCCGGAACACUUAAGAGACCUUCGGGUAAGAUGCAUAAGAGCCGCGAGGAACGGGUGCACGAUGAUGUGAGAGAAUGCCCAACAUGCAGCCCGAAGGUCGACCGGAAAAAGGGCGAAAAGCGCAACGACCCCAAUGAAGUCAAGCCAGUACCUGCUCCAGAUCUACCAGAUUGGAGACCAUGGACUCUGAAGACGAUCUCAACGAUCGUUUUGCUAGUUGUCGUUCUCUUAUAUCUGGCCCUUUACGGCGCCCUUUGCGCCAUGACAUACGCGAACGGGUACAUCACGACGACGAACGGGUAUUACGCGUGGGCAUUUCGCUAUGUCCCGGCUUUCCUUGCCUUCAGCGUGACUGAAAUGAUGUCCUGCAUUGCGGCUGACUUUCUAUCGAUCCUUCCGUACGUGGCAUUGACUACGGCCCCCGGCAGCCGCCUGCGUAACAUGUUCGAUGCUCGCCUGACCGAGCCUACUCUGUGGUCGAGCAUAAAAGCGCUUCUGACGAGGCCUUUCGCGACGCUUGCCAUUUACUCUAUGCUGGUGCUGGUCCCCGUCCAGAUGGCCGCGUUCGAUGACUCGACCAUGGUUGAAGUGAAAUCGGCUUCAACUUUCCGUAACCUUGGUCUGGAUGCCAUACCCAAGAUCUCUUUAAGCAGUCUCUUUCCACGAAUGGCGAUGGAGGCUAUCUUCCAAGGAGAAAAUACGGGCGGGCUCAAAUGGGUGUCCAAGAUGCUGAAAGAAAAAGAUAAGGACAAGAUCUCUUGGACGGAUCCGUCCUGGGCCGCCAUAAUGCCGUUCACUCGACCUGGAGACACCAAUUCAUUGAACGCAGCUACCGGCCAAAACGAAGCUACCUAUACGGUCGAUACAUCUGCUUUGUAUUCCUACUUGAACUGCUCUCAGAUUGACAUCAUCACCGUAAGUGCCUCGGAGGUGGAGCACACAAGCGCGAUUCGAACCGCAUCGGACGUUACCCUCACCCUGGAGGAUCGCGACGGCUGCAUCCUGCGGCGGGAAUGGUCCGACAUGUCGGGAGCCUUGCCCCCUCAGCCGGAUAACCCAAUACUCCACAGUGGAGUCUUUGCGCUUUGGCUUCCGGCGACGGACGAAAGAUCGUCGUUUGACACAUCCCGCGGGGUAUAUUGCCCUAUCCAUAAACAAUACAUCGUCUCCGGGCCGCUCGUGGACAGAACUGCGAAGGAUGUUCAGAUCGAUCAGACCACACCGGGAUGGGGGGCACUGAGUUGCGUCCCGAUAUAUUACUCGCUGCAGGACCAGGUCACUUAUGAUUCUCGGCCCUAUGAGCAAUCUGAGCAAUCUGAGCAAUCAGCGAACAUAUAUCCAGGAAACGGUACUCGACUAAGAGUGCCUGAAGACCAGGCCCUCAUUGACGCUGUCCGAGUACCCAUUGAGAACAACCUUCUCGAAACGGGAUUCAUGUACAGCAUGUCAUCACCACUCUGGUCCAUGUCCUUCUGGGGGCAACCCCUCCCACAUACGAAAUUUGAUCCGUUCCUGCUCGAUAUAGUCAAUUUUACGUGUAAGAAUUUCCGUCAGCCCUUGGGAACGGCGCCAAUGUCCUGGACCAAUGAUCAAGCUUGCAAGACGUUCUUGAUUGCUGGAGACUUGUGGGGCUUUCUCAGCGCUGCAACGAUUGCCAUGCUCACUCCUUUUGCAGACUCUAACGUCUGGAGAGACGUUGGUGGAACUGUCAAGAAGGCUGUCCCAGCUUGGCGAUUGUCAUUCCUCGAUCUCAUCUGGAUUAUCGUCUCCUACAUAGGAUUAUUCAUCAUGAUCUAUUUGAAUUUGUGGCGUACGAUGGGGAUCAAGUUGACUUUUUCUGACCUAUUCAAACCGUCCUGGAAGUCAGGACUGUGUUGCUCUCCAACAUCGAUCGCCGGGGUUGCGUAUCAUUUUCAGAGACAGAAUGUCCGUUCGCUUUUCGAAGGGACGGAUGCUUUGGAACGCGAAAAGGCCAAAAAGUCCAUUAGGAAAACAAUUGCGUUGGCGGUCCUUACGCUGCGUAACUCACGCCCUGAUGACGAUGAGGGCAAGGGACAUACUAGGGCUCUCAUUCAGCUCGAAAAACAGAAACACCAACGAACACUGACUUCGCGAGACGACCGCUCCCAUCCCGGUCUUGAUCCGCUCGCGAGUGUGGAUAAAGAUAGCCCCCUGCUAAAAGAACUUCGCUACGGCAAUGCAGAUAUUAUGAAAGGGUUUUUUUUGGUUGUCUUUGUCCUCGCCCUGAUACUAUUGGUCUUAGUCAUUAAGUAUCACAACGUGAUCCUCUCCGGCCACAUGCCAUUUCAACUGUGGCCGCAAUGGCCCGAGAGCAGCGACGUGUGGUACCGUGCCGCGCUGUCGGGAAUCGGUAAAUUUCUGCACAGAAUGAUUUUCAAUAUGAUUACUGCCUGCAGUCUGAGUUUGACGGUACUAUGGUGGGCCUGGAUUGACCAGUACUAUCGACGGACACAACCGUACCUUUCCCUAGCGACAGGAGAUACUGGACAGGAAACAGUCCUGCUCGACUACAUGCACAAUUAUCAUGUAAUAGCGACCCUCCAGGCCCUUCGAAACCGGCAUUUCAGGCUCUCGUAUGUUACUUUCGUCAACACCCUCAUCCGAGUGGCGGCUGUUGGUGCUGGUGGAAUUCUCAUCUCAACCUAUCAACCCUCGAGAUUCUCCAGACCGAUGAACUACCUACAGACAUUCAGGGAGGAUAUCUUCUUGGGCAACCAUACCAAAGCCUUUGGGAUGACAGCUCGUAACCAUGCCCUGGCUCGCAGUCUCUCCGGAUACCCCAGAACAUCCGGGUGGUUGUCUGGGAACACGCUCUUCCCAGCAGUUGCCUUGAAUUCCAGCGAUCUGUCUGAACAACUAGGAUUGUCAUCCGAGUUGAGUUGUGUGUCCAUUUCCACCCACUCUACAAGACUCGACACUGGCUCCGGCUGGGAGGCGAUCAUUCAAGAGGGUGUCUGCUCAGGCGCAUCCUGGAUCGGCGCUUGCGCCUUACCAGGCACAGAAAAUACCACGGACAAUUCUGGGCAAGGCCUCGAGCGAUGCAUGACCUGGAGGUAUCUGGACGAAACCAGCUGUCCUGGUCUCGCGAAAAAGGAUACGGGCCGCUGGUGGCUAUAUGGGCAGAAUGGGACACCCCAAACGGCAUCCACUGUUGGUGAUCAGAGCAUCGCGGAAGAGUCAACUGCGGUGUCUCUUAUUUGCACACCGAGAUUCUACCUCGAUUAUGCGAAGUUGACUUUCAGCGGCGACGGGACGAGGAAAGGUGGCGAGACCACGAUUCGAGAACUCCAGAAUCGUACAGCCUUAAAGUAUGAUCACUGGAAGAGCGAUUCGGGGCAGCGCUUUUCCGAUUAUGCUUCCAGUGUCAUGAAUGACACCAUGGCUGGCGAUGUUCGAGUAGUCACAGGAGGGACGUACCUCGACUUCAUGAGCAUACUGACAUAUCUGAGCAUCGACAAAUCCAGCGAUAGCCUGUUCAACGAGAGCAUUUUGGCCCGAGGGGCAAACAUCUCCUUUGGAUCUGUCUUCGCGAUAAUGGCGGGGUUGGGUCAAGGAGGAAGCGAUGGUAGGUCGACAUUUCUCUUGCAGUCGACCGCAGACCUGGGCAUUCCGCCACCGACGACACUUGCAAAGCCAUGGCAGUUUAUUGCAACAGUGCAAAAGACUCCAUUGGCCUUCGGGAUCGGCGUGAUUAUUCUAGUAGGCGUUUCUGUUAUCUUCGUCUGGCCCACGGACAAGCGACGGACCCCUCUGAAUGUCGCGUAUCCAGCCAACGUUAUGAGUAUGAUUUACGACUCUUCCAUCAUAGAGCGAGUCAGUUACGGUCCUGACGCGAGUGGAAAGUUUCCAAAGCUGAGCAACUUGCGGUUCAGACUGGGGCUCUUUAAAGGGACAUCUGUUGCUGGGAGGACGAGGAUUGGCAUCGAUGUUGAAAAAAAAAUCGAGCCAAUUGAGAUGACUCCAGAUGGGAGGUCUGGCGGCCUUCCAUUCUAUACUGGGGAGAAUACUGAGGAGGUGCCAUGGCAUGAUAGAUGGUAUAGGGCAUGA